UACAAAUAUAGGUCCACGAACGCCUCGACAAACAUCACAUAUGGUGCAACCGGUCUUAGAAGUAGCGGGUUGAGAAAGGCAUUUUAUGAUACGGCUAGUUUGACUGUUUAUUCGUCAAGCUGGUGCUCAUAUUUAACUCAUCGAACAACUGGUUUACAAUUGUGAACAAAGAGUCCCGGGCCGGUUGGAAACUAGAUUGGAACUAAGCAUGGCCUCUCGAGGGAAAUCAGAAACUGGGAAAUUGAGGCAAAAUAUGGAAGGUCAACUUGACAGACUGAUGCAGCAGCUUCAGGAUCUGGAGGAAUGCAGAGAGGAGCUGGACGAGGAAGAGUAUGAGGAGACAAAAAAAGAAACCCUGGAGCAGUUGAGUGAAUUCAACGACUCCCUGAAAAAGAUCAUGACGGGAGACAUGACCCUGGUGGAUGAGCUCAGUGGAAUGCAGCUGGCAACCCAGGCGGCCAUCAGUCAAGCUUUCAAAACGCCAGAGGUGAUCCGACUGUUUGCGAAGAAGCAGCCGGAGCAGCUGAGAACCAGACUAGCAGAGAUGGACCGAGAUGUGAUCGUGGGGAAACUGCCGCGGGACGUGUACACGCAGCAGAAAAUGGAAAUCCUCACUGCCCUGAGGAAACUGGGAGAGAAGCUCGCUUCAGAGGACGAGACGUUUCUCACUGAAAAUGCCACAGCUACUCUGAGCCAGUUUGAAAAAGUGACUGCAAACCUAGGCUCUGAAGACAAAAUUCUGGCUUUAGCUAGCUGUGGUGUGAAAACCAAGGCAUAGGAAUUCUACUAAAUGUUAAUUUUGACUGUCUUUAAUACUACCAAGAAAGAAAUGUGCCAAUUGAUCGUUGUAAAUAAUCGGUGCACUUCGAGGUGUUUCUGUAGAUGCUAACACCUGUAUUUUUUUUUAAAAAUAGCUCUCAGCUUUUGCAAAUGUCCUUUUUUAAUUUAUCUAGUGGCUUCUGAAAUUGUAUUACGAGGAUGUGUUUUUUGGAAUAAGCAGACAUGGACAUGAAUGUAAAGUGCUGUAUUUGUGAUUGCGUUGCCGUGUCUCACGGUGGUUUAACCUGAAAAUUCAAUAUUGUUGUUUUAAGGUUUUCAAUUUCAAUCAAACUCUGCUGUUUCAGGUAUUUGUACAGCACGAGAACUUUGAAGUAAUCAUAAACACUACAAAGACAGUAACUCUAGUAUGUAAAUGUCUUUGUUUUUACAACACAUGCAAAAUAUGAUAUUGACAUAGCGUGGCAGCCAUGGCUCUAUGCAGGAAUAGAUAGAAACGUGGCUAAAUAUAUAUAUAUAAUGAACACACUAUGGCCUCUUCUUCUGAAACAUGCCGGUCAAAACUAUUCUCUUUGAGUCGGCAUGGAAACGGCAUUGGUCCGGUGCAGUUAGGACUGAAAUGUUGAGAAACAAUUUGAUCAGAUGAGUUUUUUUCUCCAGUUUGUUUGCAAUGUGAUUAUAAAUCCACGGGGUGGUUUAGUUUCCACGUGUUAAACAUGGCGGAGGGUCCUGUAAUUGUUUAACAGCCAUCUCAUGAGGGUGUUUGAUUAAUAGUCUCCGUGGACGUUGAACGGCCAAUUAACAUGAGGUCACUUUACAGGACCAGCUGUUCAUGGUGUCCUCACUCUGCAAAUGAUGAAAGGAUAAACACCUCUUCAACCACUGGAUUGAGCCAUUUGAAAGCAAAUACCAGAGGUCUGAAUGAUGAAGAAUAUUAUGAUAUUCAGCUUUGAAGCCGUGUUUCUUUGAAUGUGAUUAAAAUAUUGAAGUAUCAA